CUCCCCCUAAUCACAUUUUCUUCCAAGCUUUCAUGGUUCUUGUUCUUCUAUAUCAGCUGAAAAAACCAUUGCCCUGUUCAUACAGGUUUGCGUAGCAAUGGGAAGCGAUUCCAAUCCAAGCAAACGCCAUUAUGAUAUUACCAUGUCAAAGAGAACCAGAAGGCCGUCUAAACUCCAAGAUGUCAAUCAAGAUUGCAGUAUUAUAGAUUCCCCAAGAAAUGACACUAGUACUCCUUGGAAAGCUGUUGUGAAUGAAGGAGGCGAGAGUUCUCCCUCGAGACCAGAUGAAGCAGGAGAGGAUGAUCGUAAGAAGAGCUUGAAGCAGCUGAUCAACAGCAGGAAUUCACUUGGCCAACACUUCACCCAAGAAAAGCAACUUCAACUAGUCACAAAGCAGCAAGACGAGGGCUUUCAGGGAUUGAAGCUCAAGAGAAUGGUAAGUCGCUAUGCGAAAGUUUUGAGCCACUUGAUCAAGGUUAAGCGCGACUUACCCAAGGGAGAAUCCCGGAAAAAACCUCUUAUCCUAUUAAAAAGAUGAAGGACUCGUUUAUCAGCUUGCAUUUUUUCAAGUGGCUGAUCGUCUUUUGAUUACCUACGCAGUGAGUUUGAGCCAAUUAAUCUCAAGCUAUAUAUAUUUCUCAUGAUCUACCCAGAUUGAUUUUACUGCAAGGCCUUGAUCAUUUGUACCAUAAGCAUGUUCUACUUCUACAGCGAGGUUUGGUUAUGUUCACAUACUUCAUUAGCG